UGUGCUGGUUCAAGAGGCAAAUUUAAGAUCCAGAUCGCUAUCAACGGAGUGGCCCACAGAAGGAGCGCCAUUGAUCAAUCCACCGGUACGAAGCUGAAGAAGAACACGAAAGAAAUCAGCGGGAUGGGAACCGUUCAACAGGCAAUCGGGUUCACGGACGCCACAACAUCGGAUUGCUCGGGAGGGAGGAUGAAAGAAAGUUAUCUAGCGCAGGCGGCCAGCAAAGUGGCUUGCGCAACACCAAAUUAUGGGAAGAUUGAUGCAUCUACCGACACUUCGUGA